CUUCACUAUUUUCAGCUUUGACAGAGGACUACAAGCACCAGCAACAACAUAUCAGUCUUCUUAUCAACUUCUGGUUUCAAACAUUUUCUAGUUAAAAUUUGGACUUCAACUCAAGUUGGAUUUUUUUUGUCCUUUCAGGUGCAAUGGCUCUUGGAGUGCUUAAUUCGCAAGUUAAAAAUUCCCUGAGUGGGAGUGUAUUUUUCGACCGUGGUUCUAUAGAGGAACAGGCACCUCCACCUCCACUCCGCAGCUACCUUUGUUUGACUAUUUUUACCUGCUUUUGUCCUGCAUACCCCGUCAACAUCGUUGCCCUGGUCUUCUCUAUCAUGUCUAGGAACAGCUAUGCUUAUGGUGACUAUGAUGGGUCGAGGCGGCUGGGCAGGAACGCUCUCUAUGUAGCUGUUGCCUCCAUCAUCAUCGGCCUCCUCAUCAUCGCUAUCUCCUGCAUCGUUCAUUUCACCACUAUGGAUUUUUAAUGUUGUGGAACGGGAGAGAGGGGGAGAAGAGAAAUAAGACAGUUGAACAGGAAACUGUGGAUGAUGCCAAUGAAAGGACUAUGACUCGCCUCAUGUUUACUUCAAUGAGUACGUCACUUUCUCUCAUGUUUACCAUUCUUCAUAUGGACAAUCAGGGAUGAUACAAUGUGGUGAAUGUGUUCAUCAAAAAGGUAAUUUACUACAAAUGUGUAGUGAAUCCAUGGUCCACAGCAAGGUUUUGUUAGGCUGUGACCCUGAAGACCCUGUUGUUUUUUUGCUCAAAACAUUGCUAGACCUAGAUGAUGACAGUAAAUGGUCUACAACUUUAUCAAAAUACCCGCUUUAUCCAUGACAAAACCAAAUGAUGUUAAAGGUCCCAUGGCAUGAAAAUUUCACUUUAUGAGUUUUUUUAACAUUAAUAUGCGUUCCCCCAGCCUGCCUAUGGUCCCUCAGUGGCUAGAAAUGGUGAUAGGUGUAAACCGAGCCCU